AUGUCAAGAAAGACCGUGCAAUUGAGUCGUGCAGGACAACCUGCAUCUUAUCAAGAUCAGAUCAGUCCUACGUUAUUCCACCCGCGUUACCCAAAUCUCUCCAAUUCCUCUCCACAGCAGUCAAACUUUCCUUCGCCAAGUCCGAUAUUCUCAAAUAAUCUUGGUUCGCAGCAACAUUACCCUCCUCAACCGGUACCAGAGUGUGCAUCCACUAUGCAAGCUUCAACUUACCCCAGUCCAUACUCAAAUCCCAAUGGAUUCCAAACGCAACAUCAGUUACCACCAUUUGCGCCUGAGAUCGGUAGACACAAUACCCAACACCCUCCUCAAGUUUCCACUCAAUCUCAGCCACAACUGUCUCCUGUGGACCAUUACCCACUGACCCCCGCUACGCCAUCAAAUGCCUCUCCAUUUCUUCGAACACCCUCUAGACUAAGCUCCUCAAUCUCGACCCCAGCUUCUCAGUCAACGCUACAAGCACUUCCUCAAUCCCAGUGUCUAGAAGCUACCGGAAAUUUGUAUCCGCAUAUGCGAACGACCACUCUAAGAUUUUUGCUUGGUGACAAAUAUGUCGAAGAGGAGAAAGGGGAGGGAUGGAGCACUAAGGGACUCUUGAAUAAUGACAAAGCAAAUGGGAAAUCGAUGGACCGGAGAGGAAUGUCUAUUAACUCGACAAAGGAACGAAUUAUACCAGGGAAGGGGUUGGUCAUUGACUUGGUGAGUGAUGAUGAGGAUACCUUGCAGAAGGAAACUCCUCUGGAGGAAGCAUUGAUAAUUGAAAAGAAAAGAACUGCGGCUUUGCUGCAAGAACUAGAGGCAGCGAAAGCGGAGAUAAAUACUUUGACAAAUAAUUAUCAAAAUGAAUGGAAUCAGGUCGAGACCCUACAAAAGCAGAUGAGGGAAAUUCAGGAAAAGGCUAUAAGCGCUCAGAAUACUCUGCCAGAAUUCAUGCCCCGAAUUUAUAGUGCAGACGAAGGGUCAAAAACGGACAGAAGCUAUAAUGAGAUACUUCGAAAGCAGUUGAUUGAUGGGAGGAAGGGAACGAAAAGACUAAAGGAGCUAUUAAACCAUCCGAGUCGGUUUCAAUCAAGCAGUGGAACACCUAUAUCUCAGCCGAAUAAAAUUUCUCAGACUCCCUUCAUGGGAGUCUCCGAGGAACUCAAAAAAGUUUUGAAAAAUGAAGAGCUUAGAUCUCAGUGGUUCAAGAAGCAACUUGCCGAUCCAGAAAUGAUAUAUACGGAACUGGACACGCGCGCAUCCUCAACGAAUGCCGUUAAGGAUACUGCCAAAGCGCUCGAAGUUGAGAGAAGGUUAAGGGAAGUUGCAGAGAGGACUUUGACCCAUGAGAGAGUCUUGACGGGAGAAGGAGAAGAGGCUCCACUAGCUCGGAAAGUUUUGGCAGAACUAAGGGAGGAACGGAAAGUGUUGGAAGAGGUGGGUGAGGAACUUUUGAAUGGGAGAACUCAAAGCCGAUCGGUCGCUGAUGUAUCAUCAUCGGCGAAAAAGCGGAGGCUGAAUCCAACUUUGGAGGAAUUAGGAUUGGAGAGAAAAUCCCUCAAAUUCGAGGGCGGUAAGUGUGGGCAGUGUUUCAAAGACAUUAAAUCCCAAGAUGCCGAUGGCCCAUGUCGAUAUCAUCCUGGAUCAAAAACAUUGCGCUCACGAGCCCUUCCAAGACUCGUCGAACAGCAUGGUGAGAGAUGUUAUAAAGGGAAAUCCGUUGACGAAAUGUUGGCUAUUUACGGGGCAUCCCAUUGGCUUAGCGAUUGGUCCUGGAGUUGCUGUGAACGGAGCGCGGGCGGAGUGGGUUGCUGUAGGGUGCCCACUCAUACAGACCAUUAUGCACGUCGGGUUCCCCAUUAA